AUGGCUCAACCACCGCAACAGCCUCAGAUGCCUCAGUUGCAACAACAACAACCUCAGUUGCAACAACAGCAGCCCCAGCUGCAACAACAGCAGCCUCCGUUGCAACAACAGCAGCCUCCGUUGCAACAACAGCAGCCUCCGUUGCAACAACAGCAGCCCCAGCUGCAACACAGCAGCCUCCGUUGCAACAACAGCAACCACCACAGGUCACGCCGCA